CUCGCGCGAGUGUUUUUAUAUGCAGACAGCAAGGGAUAGAAUGAGUAGACCCGCGUGAAGCUUUGCAGGUAAAAUGUGCGCCGAAUUCUCUACACUGUAAAUAAACUACUGUUUACAACUACCGGCGUGCUCUUCAAAUCUGAAAACAGCUCGGAUUCAUAUUGGAAGUUUGGAGCUGCCAGCCCCAUUAAUGGUUAGUGGACUGUGGUCUCCGCUGUGAUCUGAUCUAUGAGGAGAACUAGGCGACUCUAACAGACAUGCAGCACCCAAAUUUCGAAACGCAACACCCGCUGCAACAGGACGAGCAGGAGACUGGUUAUGACCCUCUACAGAACUGCAACAAAAACAGAGGAGGAUCACUAGACGUUGCUACUGAGUCCACAUUUCCAUCAUACAGCAAGGAGUGGGAUGACUUGUUCCAGAACAGUAACUACCUGGCACAUAUCAGGCAGGCAGGCAUUAACGGACGAUUACGGAGUAGCCGAUUCCGCAGUGUAUGUUGGAAGCUUUAUCUGGACGUCCUACCUGAAGAUAAGACUCAAUGGAUCCGCAUAAUCAAGCAGCUCAGAGCACAGUAUGAGAAGAUCAAAGAGAUGCACAUUACAAACCCUCGCAAAGCUGCUGGCCAACAGGACCUGGUGGUGAACAACCCACUCUCACAGGAUGAAGGAAGUCUAUGGAACAAGUUCUUUCAGGAUAAGGAGCUAAGGGCGAUGAUCAAACAGGAUGUAUUACGAACGUUUCCAGAGAUGCUGUACUUCCAGAAAGAGGAUGUUAGGACGAAGCUGACUGAUAUUCUAUUCUGCUAUGCACGAGAGAAUGAGCGGCUGCUAUACAAACAGGGCAUGCAUGAGUUAUUGGCUCCUAUAGUGUUUGUUCUUCACUGUGAUCACCAGGCGUUUCAGCAUGCCAGUGAGAUGGCCAAUCCCAGUGAAGAGAUGAAAGUCCUUCUUGAUCCUAAAUUCCAUGAGCAUGAUGCAUAUGCCAUGUUUUCUCAGCUCAUGGAGACCGCAGAACCCUGGUUCAGUAGUUUUGAGCGGGAAGUCAGAAAGGGUAAAGAGGAAAUGCUUACCAGCAUUCCAUUUGCGAGACCGCAGGACUGCGGCCCCUCUGUUGCUAUAGUGACCAAAGUCAACCGAAUUCAGGAUCAGCUAGUAAAGAAACAUGACAUUGAACUGUACAUGCACCUCAACAGACUAGAGAUAGCUCCCCAGAUCUAUGGCAUUCGCUGGGUUCGACUGCUAUUUGGUCGCGAGUUUCCGCUGCAGGAUCUGCUGGUCGUCUGGGAUGCUCUUUUUGCAGACAGCAUCACCUUGGACCUGGUGGACUUUGUGUUCGUUGCUAUGCUUCUGUACAUUAGAGAUGCAUUGAUCGCUAGUAACUUCCAGACAUGUAUCGGCCUCCUGAUGCACUAUCCUCUAAUAGGAGACAUCCACUCGCUGCUGCUGAAAGCAUUAUUCCUCAGAGACCCUAAGAAUAAUCCUCGUCCAAUGAACUAUCAGUUCCAGCAGAACCUUGACUACUACAAAACACGUGGGGCUGACCUAGUCAACAAGACUCGGGCCAGCACUAAACCAGCACCCCUCAACAUUAAUAAAGUAUCCAAUUCUCUUCUCAAUUUCGGCCGAAAGCUAAUUUCUCCAAUGGGAGGUGGACCCAGCGGGAUCUCACCAAUCAAUAGUGAGGUGAUAUCAGCCCCACCACCUCAAGCUCCAGUGCCACGCCUAUUGGCUGAGCCUCUGUCGUGCACCGCCCCCUCAAACACACAUGUGCAAUCGCAGACACACCCUCAAAUGCAGCAUCAUCACCGACUGCUGAAGUCAGAGAGCAUGCCCGUGCAUCUCAGCAAAGACGUAGGUCUUUGUGGAGCUUCUCAGAUAUCUCUCCCAGCCCAGAUUCACUCUGAUACCCCAGGCCACACCUCCAGGACAAUUAGCUCCUCCCCCAGCAGAGAGAGUUUGUCUAGUAGACGGGAUCAUUCUAUGUCUUCCCCUCCUCUUCCUGUGUCGGGGGGACGAGAGUCUAGCACGUCCUCUCCACCCUCCUCUGCCACGAAGAAAGACUCUUUCUUUAAUAUCAGUCGUUCACGGUCCCACAGUAAAACUAUAAACAAAGACACAGAGGAGCUGGAAGCCCAGGUAUCAUUCUUACAGGGUCAAAUUAAUGAUCUCGGGGCCAUGAGUAAAUACUGUUCCAAGAUGAUGAAUAUGCACAUAGCUCAAAUUCAAGAUGUGAUACUGCAGGAGCAUCUGGAGAAGGAAGAUGAGGUUCUGGUGUCACUUGCCGGACUCAAACAGAUUAAAGACAUCCUGAAGGGGGCUCUCCAAUUCAACCAGAGCCAGCUGGAGUCAGAAGAGAAUGAAGAGAUCACAAUAGCUGAUGAUCACUACUGCUUUUCUCAGUACAGUACACUAAAGGACCAGAGAGAUCCAGACUGCUCUACAAACACAACUGAUUCUACAAACAGACCACAAAAUGAUUCACAGCGCAACAACCUCCAGGAAGGAGAGAGAGCGGCAGAGGAAGAACAAGAGGAGGAAAAGGCUGCUGAGGGCAGAAACUGGGACGAAUACAUCCUGGUCCCGCAGGAUGGAGAGCCAUCUGAGAGUGAGGAGCCAAGCCUAAUCACCACAGCUCCACUCUUCAAGCAUGUGCUAGGCCUAAACAAUGCGGAUUUCCAAGACCCCUUGAUGGGAACUACAUCUGGGUCUUCCAGUGCAGAUGAUGGCAGCACUCACAGCAAGGACUCUGACUUCACUAUUGUUAAUCCUACUGACAUUUGAACAUUGACUCUCCCUAAAUAUGGCUGUACUCAUCUUCAACACUUAAUUAAUCUAGAGGGGAAACUCUGCUGGAUGUUUGCACAUACUGUAUGAACUCAGGCUGAUUGGCUUAUGUGCCCCUAUGCCCUGAUUCUGUAACCCUAAACCACAUAUAUUUCCUAAAUCUUGGACCUUUCACUGUGUAUUUAUGUGUCCAGUACAUCAUAAGUCAAAACUGCUCCAUUCUAUGUUCCCGUAACUAUUGUUAUGUUACCUAAAUUUAGGAUCUUAAGCCAUUAAAACUGCUUCAGUUUACUCAAAUUCUUCAUGACGUUUUGGCCAUUACAUUGGUAUUUUUCUCCUAGAUCAAUAGCCUGUAAAGUACUUUAAUUAACAGACAACAUCUGCCUCAGACAAAAGCUAUAUUCUGCUUGACUUCUAUCUCAGUACUUUUGUCUAAGUACUGACUGUAGCGAUAAGACUGAUAGAUGCUUAAUUCAGCAGGAGAGAGCAUCUUAUUUAUCAUCAAUAUGGACUGAACUUCUAACCCUACUCACUAAUAAUUGAUUGUUCAUGAACCAGUGCCUGAAUAGUUGUCCUUUUUUUUAUUUUAUUUUUUUUAUUUUAAAGAUCGAUAUUUUAGUCCAUCUGCCACAAUUUAGUCACUUAUUAAAUUAUGGAUUAUUUUUUAUAUAUAUAUUUGUCAUUUAUUUUUAAGACAAUGAUGUGUGAAAUGUUUAUAUUCUAGCAUUUCUCUGAUGGUGUCAGGAGUCUCUUUUUUUUUUUCUUGAUUCCUGUGGUAACAGUGUGUUGUUUUGCACAUAACACGAUGGAUGUUCUAAUACUGAUAUCCUAUUAUCUCUGGAUCUAUAAAAAGCAUUAAUCUUACCUAAUCCACAGUGCAACAGUAUAUGGAUGUCUCGAGUAGGGAUGUGCACGAGUAAUUGAGUAAUCGAGUGCUUGUUCAGCCGUAAAUAUUCGACUAGUAAAAACACUUCUGGAAUAAUGCAAUUUGAUUUUCCUUUGCCUGCCGUGAGCAAUUGUGAAACUGCUUCUCUCGCCAAAAUCUUGCCGUUACAACUCAAUGCAUUGGUUGGUGCUGUGGAUGCAUGAUGUUGUUAAAGGAAUAGUUCACCCAAAAAUAAAAUUCUUAUAUUAUUUAAAGUUAUUGCAUUGCUUUAGAAGACUUUGAAUGGAUUUUUUUUUUUAAAAAAUUAAAUCUAGAUAUUAUUUAUGCAUAGUGCAAAUUUUUUCAUAAGAAAACUGGGUUCAAAGGUUACAUUUCGAUUCAAAAUUUCUAGUAAUCGAUUAGUCUUUUUAUGCUUUAGUACUCCACAACUAAAUUACUCGAAAUGCCCAUCCCUAGUCUCGAGGAGCAUUUUCAAAAGUUGAAGUGGAAGCUGCUGUGCGGAACGUUGAAAAAUACUGUGAAACGUGGCGAAAUGGUCAAAGAUGACAGUAGUUUCCAUCCACCUUUCGCACUAUUUUGUUAUCUAAGUGAAAAUGAGAGAAAAAACAAUUGCGACAUUUGUUGCCUUCUGCCCGUUUCCAUUCAAAUGGCCUUUUAUCGAUAAAAAGUGCGUGAUGACAUCAUGCCUAAAAAAACACUUUGUUGCAUAAGUUUUGGUUUAGUGCAAAAGAAAUCUGCCCUGAAGCUGUUUCCAUUCAGAAAUGUGUGUUAUUGAUAAUUUGCCUCCAGAUGUCCCAAAUUUUUUUUCUCCAAAGUUUUGGUAAAAUGGGGAGAGUAUUGAGAAAAUUAGCCAGUUUUCUAGCAUUUUAAUUUCACAAAUAAAAGCAAUCAGAAGAGGAGAAAUUGCAAUCAAAAGGAAGCAGAUGCCCUUCUGAUAGAACUGUAAUAUUGGUCCUGAUGUUGCGCAUAUCGCAGGUUGGCACCGGUUCCGACCCAAAAGCGAAUCAUCUUGGUCCUGUACAAGCUGGCAACCUGCACCAAGUAGUGGCGGAAACUUUCUGUCUCAGUGAAAGGACCAUCAGUCAAUGUGUAUAUGCUGUAUACACCGCUAUUAAAGAGAAAAAUUAUGAUGCGGUGUAAUAUCAGCAUUUACAUGAUACAUUCCUGAUAUUAAAUAUUUUGAACAAUCAUCUAAUCUAAAGCAUCGCCAUCACAACUGCUUUAUGUCCUGCAUAUUUAACUUGCAACUUUUAAUGACCAACUGAAUUUGAUUAUCAUCUAAAAUGUAUUUUAGCUUCAUAAUGCAAAUUUAUAUUUUCUGAAGAAGCAGUAAAUGUGUUCUGAGGUAAAGAUGGAUAGAUUUAAAGUAUUGAAACGUUUUAAAAGGAUCAAAAUUGGACAAAUAGUUCUGAUAGUUUAUAAUAAUCUUGAAAAAGUGCAGAACAUUCUGAGAACAUCAUUCAGCCGACUUUAUUCAUACAGAACAGGUUAAAGCUCAUUUAAGUUUGAGAAAAGGCAUAUUAUAUAUAAAAAAAAAUAUUUUUGUUUGGUAAUUCAUUUUUUUAAUUUAAUGCUUUUCCCUUUGGUAAUUUACAGGGGAUUUUACCAGCAUUUUUUCAGAAGUAAAACUAAACAAUAAUAGAAUUGGGCUGUAAAUGUUCCCCAAAAAAAAAAUUGUAUUUAUUCUUAAUUUAAAACAUCUUUGUGCACAGAAAUUAUUUGUUUUGUGGUCUAAUUCCGUGACUGCCGUCUAUUAUUUUGAAUGGUGUGGAAAAUAAACUUUAAUAAAUAAACG